UGUGACGCUGCUGUGACGCUGCUGCUGUUAUAGGAACACGUGACACAACACGGAAGGUCCCUGGAUGCUGUCAGUCAGUCAGAGGAGAACUUAGUUUUCAUAUUGAAGCUCUCUGUGUGCGAUGACUCUGUAAAGAGUUGUUACCGGAUAACCUGCAGGUCGCCCAGCUGUUAGAGGUGUUAGAGUUGAGGAGAUGAUGUCGGAGGUGAACUGGACUGAGAGGAUCUCUGCGUUCCUCCGCGGACCGACCCGGUUCCUCUCCGGGACAACAGCUGAAGCUCUGCUCGAUGAGCUGCUGCGAGAGCUGCGAGACGACAGAGCCAGCUACACCGUCAAGGUCCUCCUGUUGUCCCCUCUGUGUGAGUACCCGACUCUGCUGUGUCCCUCAGACUCGGUGGGCGAGGAGACCGCCCUGGAGCUCAUGUCAGUGUUCGACCAGUGCCCUCCCAAGUCGGUCCAGUUUCGCUGUCACCUCCUCCUGGCCCUCACCUCCGUGCUGGUCUGCACCUCCUGCGUGAGCGGCCGCUCUCGUGCAUCUCAAGACUUCCUGGACCUGCUCCUUCAGAUAGCCCAGGACACCGGCGACCUCCACGGCGAGGGCUCUCUCCGCUCGUUACGGGCCACGGCUUGUGACUGCCUUCGGGAGGUGGAGGCCUGCUCUCCGGGCCUUCUCUCCCAGCGCCUCGAGCUCCUGGGCGGGCUCCGGCAACAAGAGACCUCCCGGCUCCACCAGGCCUACGCAGGACUCCACACUCUGGUGCUGAGGAACGCCGUGUAUCAGCUCACACAGGAAACGGGAGCUGGUGCUGAGCAUCUGAAGGCUCUUCUGGGAGGAAACACGUCAGUUGCAUGGGAGGCAGAGCUGGACUCAUGCCUGAUGAAUAACAAAGACUCAGCCGUACUGUCUUCUCUCAUCCUGGGACCCAUGGGUACGGUGCCGACCCUCCAGACUGGACCGGACUGUAAGGAGCUGCGAUCGGUCCUGUCCUCCCUCCUGGAGGAAUCCUACCUCCUCACUCCUCUGUGUCAGGCUGCGCUGCUCCAUAGACUGGUUGAGGUGGUUGCCAUGGUGCCCGGUGUCCCUCCAGCCGUAUUCAGAGCUCAGCUGCUGCGACUGCUCGGCACGAGCGAGGUUUGCCUCCUUCACGCCACCCUGCAGAUGAAGAGCGCGUUCACGGACAGCCUGUUCAGCGCCGAAGACGAAGCGUUCAUCCUCCAGCGGCUGGUCGUGCUCUCCCAGCACCCGCUGCUGAGUACGCCCGAGAAGCUCUUCUACAUGGACUGUAUCCUGCACUUUCCCGAGAACCGGCCGAUCGGCUGCGGCGACGGCGACGAGACCCUCCCCGUGCUGCUGACUCCACGGCUCGCCUCGGCUCUGGCACCCACCGUGUUCAACGACAGCGCCACCAUGCUGGCCCGGCUCAACCUGCUGUCUCUGGUCUACCUGGAGGAGGGGGAAGCAGGAGAGGAUGGGGAGGGAGAGGGCAGGGGGCUGCCCUUCCUCUACGAACACCUCACCUCGCUGCUACGCAUUGUGGGAAACGGAGGCAGCCGAGAGAUGGCGGUUACGUUCUUCAGAGCCGCCUUCCUCUUCCUCUCCUACUUCUGCCACGUGGAGCGCUUCUUCUACGGCCUGAUGGAGAAGCUGUGUGAGCUCUACCUCCGCCACACCCACCUGGCUCCACACCUCAUCAACCUGGCCGACCAGACCCAGGAGAAGCUCACCGAGUCCAGCUGGGCCGUGGAGUUCCUGAAGGCCCUCCAGGGAGUCAUCACCGAGGCGCCGCUCGCCCAGCUCACCUUGCGGGACCUGAGCUGGCACCUCAAGGUGCUGGCUCGCGUGGCGGAGGAAGGUGAAAUCCCCCAGCAGAGAGCCCUCAGCUUCCUGUCCAGCGUCACCACUCCGUCCUCCUCCUCUCUGUGCGUGAGCGGCGACUGGCGCCUGGGGAACAACCUGCUGGGGGUUUGCCGCCGGCUUCUCGUCCACCCCAGCCUGGACUCGCUGCUCGUCCCUCUGGCCGACAUCCUGCAGCAUCUCGCCUGCCGCUACGGAGACACCGACAUCCAGGACCACGCCCGCCUCUACUACUCCCUCCUGACCACGCUGUCCGGGGAGAAGCUGGCUGGGGUUUUGGCGCAAGGUUCGACCGAGGGAGGGCGGCAGGUCAAGAAGCGAUCGCUGUCCGGCAUCAUGGCUGACAGCGAGGGGCUGGUGAGCGUGCUGACCAUUCACCAGACGGAGAGGACGAUAUUCAGGCUGAUUCAGGCCCACUCUGAGCCACAAGGAGAAACAGGAAGUGACCUAAACCAGAAUGAGACCUGCCCAGGAGGGGCGACCGCGGUAUACAGAGCUCAGUUUGACGACCCGAGCUUCGCCUCAGAAAUCACCUUAAACUACCAGCUGACUCGUACCGAAGCAGAUGACUCCCGCUUCGAUCAGCUCUUCAGCAUCCGCCUCCACUUCACCCUCACAGACGACCACUACGAAGAGCUGGGCGACAUCAGCGUCCCGUGUCUGUUCAGAGAGAGGCCGCCACCCGAGGUCGUGCUGAGACUGAAGCCCAGGCGGCCCUACCCGACCACCCUCCACGCCAGUGCCAUCUUCACCACCGAGGACGGCCUCUCCUGGCUCACCGCGCUGCCGCACAUCCACGUGUCUUUCCAGCAGGCCUUCCUGCCUCUGCCCGCGCCCCCGGCCUGGGGACGAGGCGGCAGACUGAGCUUGUUCGAGGGUUUAUGGGAUGAGAUCAGCUCUGAAGGCGGCGGAGAGGAUGCGGCCGACUGUGCGACCAGCCUGUUCUGCUGCCAGCUGAAGGAGGCAGCUCUGACGGCGUUGGUGGAGAAACACUUCCUCCCCUUCCUCAUAUCGGAUCCGUCCGAUAAAGACAAGCUCAAAGUGCUCUUCUUCCUCCCGCCACAGUCUCACGUGCUGCUGAAGAUCCGGUCGGAGGAGCCGGUCCACUUCAACAUCGCCACGGAUAACUGGCAGCUUCUGCGUCACAUAAACUCGUAUCUACUGACGAUCACGUCCUCACAGGGAGACAGCUGAUUGUGAUGCAGCUUGUUUUUAAAUGUUUUAAAAUCAUUUUUAACAAAAUCACAACAUUUUUUGUCAGCGCUUUAAUAAAUAAUAAAUAAUAAAUAUGAAAUCGCUGAAGAUUGAUUUGAAAUAAAGUUAUUGUACUUUAAUGUCUUGAACCUGAAAUUAAACAAAUGUGUGAAA